UUAUUUGUGGCUUACAUGGUAUAUAAUAGGAUACUAUAUAUAAUUAUUUUGAGAAGAGAGGAUUUAAUAGGUAAGCAGCUCUUUAACAGGCCAUGCGGCGCCCAGUAUCUUGGGCAUGCGCGAUACAAACUGGACAAUGACGUCAUCUCAGUCACCCGACGACCGGCUGUGCGCGCCACACCGCUAGAGGGAGCCAGUUACACCUCCGCUUUGUUUGUGCAGUAUCGUGUUCACGAUCGGUACACAAGGUGGCACUGUGCAUCUGUUCAGGUCAUUAAAUCACCCGAAGAAGUAAACGCGGAAGAAUCGGCGAGUCGUCGAGGCACUUGUGUGACGAUGGUGUUGAAGGACAUACCAGCAGAAAAUAUAACCCGUCCUUUGGGUCGCAAUGAGGUUAUUGGUUUACUCUUCCGCCUUACAAUAUUUGGUGCCGUCACCUACUUUACAAUUAAGUGGAUGGUGGAUGCUAUUGAUCCAACAAGAAAACAAAAGGUUGAAGCACAGAAGCAGGCAGAGAAACUCAUGAAGCAGAUUGGAGUGCACAAUGUCAAGCUCUCUGAGUAUGAGAUGAGCAUUGCAGCCCAUCUGGUGGACCCUUUAAGUAUGCAAAUUACAUGGAGUGAUAUAGCAGGCCUCGAUGACGUCAUAACUGAGCUAAAAGACUCGGUCAUACUUCCAGUUCAGAAAAGGCAUCUGUUUGAAGGGUCAAAGCUGCUUCAGCCUCCCAAAGGAGUGCUGCUGUAUGGUCCCCCGGGCUGUGGAAAAACCCUCAUAGCCAAAGCUACAGCAAAAGAGGCAGGUUUCCGGUUUAUCAACCUCCAGCCCUCCACUCUGACGGAUAAAUGGUAUGGAGAGUCCCAGAAACUGGCCGCAGCCGUCUUCUCCCUGGCCAUCAAGCUCCAGCCCUCUAUCAUCUUCAUUGAUGAAAUUGACUCCUUUUUGCGAAACCGCUCCAGCUCGGACCAUGAGGCUACUGCCAUGAUGAAGGCUCAGUUCAUGAGUUUGUGGGACGGACUAGACACAGAUUACAAAUGCCAGGUUAUAAUUAUGGGUGCCACAAACCGCCCCCAGGAUCUGGACUCGGCUAUUCUCCGCAGAAUGCCCACUAGGUUCCACAUUAAUCAGCCUAAUAUCAAGCAGAGGGAAUCCAUACUAAAGCUCAUCCUGGAGAACGAGAAUAUCGGGACUGGCGUAGAUCUUCAUGAAAUAGCAAAAAACACUGACGGCUUCUCGGGAAGUGACCUCAAAGAGAUGUGCCGAGAUGCAGCUCUGUUAUGUGUACGGGACUUUGUGCAUGCUGAGGAAGGUUCAGAGGAAGACUUCAUCCGACCCAUCCAGCAGACUGACCUCCAAAAAGCCAUUGAAAAGAUGAAAAAGUCCAAAUCAGCAGGAACACCAAGUAUGAUGCUGGAUACACCUCUGGACUGAUUCUGAUACUGCUGGUCAGGGUGAAUUAUUUUCCUCAGAAGAUAAACACAACCUGUUUAUCAUAUAUGUCUUGUGUAAGAAGGUGCUCUAGAAACAGGAUAUUUGAUAACUCUCUUUUUGCAAUAUUCCCUUUUUUUUUUUUUUUGCUCUCUUUGUUCUGUAUCAUUGUGCCUUUUAGGCAUUAGGUUUCCAAAGCACUUGCUGCAUGAGAUAUUAGAAUAUUUAUAAAAUUGUACAGAAGCAAGUAACAUGUAUAUAAAGCACCUGUGUCAUAAUUAAUUUCAGACGGUAAAAAAGUAUCAACGUAUAGGAAUUGCGAUUCCUUUAUAGUUCUAAAGAUUUUUCUUUUUACUGGUUCAUUUAGUGAAGUACAUUUACAAAUGCAGUGGAUAUAUAGUGUCCAUGCUCCUGUAAAGAUCGCAGGUUACUUUGUGAUAUUUAAAAUUAACCUAAGACAUCAGCUCUUUUUUCUUUUGUUUAUGUGAUAUAGCAACCAACCAGAGAGCUUCUGAAGUCAUUCCUUUUGCGCUUUAGGUCAUAUGCUGGAAGGUGAUAUUUGUCCUCCAUUUGUUUUAUGACAGUAUAGAAGCUGCCAUCACCAUGCUUCACCAAUUAUGCACUAAACAUAUCAAUUAUGCCCACAAGGUUCUACCUUUGGUCUAAUAACACAUUUAGACAUAGUUUGAGGAGAUUGUAUGUAUUUUGUCAGCAAAUUGAAUAAAUGAGAAAAAACAUACCAAAACUUGUGAAGAUCAUGAGCAAUUGUCCCAUGCGGGGAGUGAGCAGUACUUAUUUACAGAUAUAACUGUAGCUUCUUUAAUGCUUCAAUAUGAUUUCGGAUGCAGUCAGUUUUACAUGUACAUCCUGUUCAUGUCACUGUGGUGCACCGUUUUCUCCACAUGUUGUUGCUGAACUUCCUGGUGUUUCUUAUGACACUAUAUAUAGUAUAGUCACGCUGAUGCAUUUUAUCAUGAGAUCCUGUAUACAUGGAUUCAGGGGUCAGAUGAAGUCAAGAUGAAUUUUUAUAGAAUCUUUAUUUGGGGUUAAUCUUGAGUCACUGAAUGUGAUUCAUUCACUCUGUAAUACCACAUGGUUCCUUAAAAAAGGGUGUGCACACUUGUGCUACCAGGUUAUUACAGAAUUUUCAUUUCUACCAAAAAUGUUUGUUCUUCACUGGGAGGUUGUUGGUUGCUGUGUCACAUUAAAGCUGGGAAAUAAUCUGAUGUGAUUUAGGUUCGUUUACUAGUUUUAUGUCACAAAAAAAUAGACAUUUCACCAGGAGUGUGUAAACUUUUUAUAUCCACAGUGCAGUGAUCUUUGGCCUGAAAGCACGGUUUUGAGCAAUGUACAACGAAAAGCUGCGGUCAUGUGUAAUGUGAUCUUUUCACUAGCAAUAAAUAAGGGUGUACAGACUGUCUUUGUGAGCUAAGCUUAUCUGUCCUAUUUAAAACCUGUUCGGACGUCUUCUCUAUCAGUUCAUGUGCAUUCCGAAAAGAUUGUCUGCACAGAAGACGAUAAGUAGAAUGGAAGUUAACGUAAGAUCCACAGGCAAUGCAUAGGAGUUGUAAGCUCUUGUAGUGUUUAUAUAAUGCUUGGUAAACUAUUUAAAUAAAUUUUCAUUUUGUCUGAUUGAA